CUAUUCGUCUCGUUCCUUACCUCGUUACACGCGGACUCGCUUGCCACGUUGUCGUCCUACUCUUCUGCAGACAACGGUACUGUCUCCCACUCGACUAAGGUGGCCACGUCAGCACCCACAUUGCGAAACCUUCUAGAUCUGCAUGGAAGCCUCUCCUCAUCUUCCUCUGCUAGAAACGAUGAUAACGAUCUCUUUACGACUAAGGCCGCCACGUCAGCACCCACAUUGCGGAACCUUUUAGAACUGCAUGGAGGUUCUUCUUCAUCCCCCUCUUCUAUACGCGAUAGUAAUGACCUCCACUUACCGACGACAGCCUCGUCCAGAUUCACAGUGCGAUCUCUCCUCUUUUUUGCGUGGAAAUAUCUUCAACCAGGCCUUCGCCCAAUCAGCAACCGCCACGCAAUCCACCAGCAGAGUCGGUACCACUGGUGGUGCCACCAACGGUGGUUUUGCUAAUGGCGGUGCUGCUAGUGGCGGUGCUAUCAAUGAUGGUGCGGCUACUGCUGGUGCUGAUGCUGCUGGUGCUUCUAGUGCCGACGGUGACACUAAAGAGGGGAGACGUAAUGGCCUCACUAAUCGGCUUGACAAUCCCUUGGAGGGGGCGAAUGAGCCAGGGAAGCUCGUACAGCUCCUGGCUUGUAACGAGGAUGCUCUUAAGGGGUUCAGAGGCCUGGACAUAGCUCCUACUAUGGUGGUGGAAUCCCGGUCCUAGAACUGGAGACUGAUUAGCUGGCGGAAUGCUCUUCCAGUCGUGCCUUGAUGCCCUUGAUUGCCUAAUAAGCAUGCCUCUCAAUAUCUUCUUCCCCCCAACCCCUCCCCCCUCCCCCCCCCCCACCCACCUCUCCCUGCCGCCCACUGUCAUGUCAUCGUCAUCUGUAUCCUGCGAUUAAUAAGCCAGUGGGGGUGAAAUUUCGGCUGGAUAAUAGCCUGACGCUAACGAAGUGGA